UUUUCUUUUCUUUUGUUUUUCUUACUUUUUAUUUUUACAUAAUGUUGGAUAAUAAUAAAAGCGACCACAAACAUACUUCUAGGAUAAAAAGAAUGUUACAGUCCAAAUCUAAUGUCUCACCAUUAGCCCUUGAUCAAAAGUCAUCCAUGAUUUCUUCUCCAGUAUUACAACACUCAACAAACAUCUAUUCUUUGGCUUCACCUAGACGAACUUCAUUUGAAAUUAGAAGCAACCCUAUGGAAGCGGCAGCAGCUGCAGCUGCACGUCAUAAUCUUUAUCAACCGUUAUCACCACCACCUCCUAUUCCUUCAGGCCGUUCUAUAACAGCAAGAACGUCGUCAAAGAACAACAACAACAUUUGUCUCUCACCCUCUUCUCCUCAUUGUGCAACAAAAAUCACAUCGUCUGUGACACCCAUGAUGUCGCCAACUACUCCUCGUGGCCGCCGUUCUCACUCUCUUCACCAUACCACUCAUCCUGCCCCGACUCUUUUGAAACAAUAUGAACAACAUCCUCCACCCAUUAUUCAGCAACAAAAGAAGAAAAUACUUACCAAUAAGACAUCAUCAGCCACAUCAUUAUCAUCCACAUCAUCGAUCUCUGAUAAAAAUGAGAAGAAUUUACGACGACAUUCUUGUUCAUCUACAUCUCAUUCAUCACGACUUUUACGACAACAACAACAACAACCUCCAUUACCUUCACCAGCUGCUAUAUCUGUUGCUGCUGCUACUAUGUCAUCAUCAUCCAUCACCUCGUUAUCAUCUUCAUCCACCGCCACGUUAUCUUCGUCUUCUAGAUCUACUUCAGCCUCUUCUUUGUUAUCAUCCAAAGCUUCUUCACACAACACUCAUUCUGCUGAUCAUUCCAUCCUGUCAUUGGAGAAAAGUCGAUCUACACCUUUACGCCCUCAUUCCAAAAUUAAAACUUAUAAUGUCUCUUCACCCGAACAACAACAACAACAACGUCGAUCAUCAUCCACAUCCUCGAAAAAAAACAAAUUACAACGAUAUGCAUCCGAUACAACACUUCCUUCUGUAUCUCGUUUAGAACGUGAUUUGGAAAAGAAGAAACGACAACAGGAAUUGGAAGAUCUCAUCUCUGGUCGUCGUGGCAGUACCCUGAAACUCUCUCUUACUCCCAAAAAUUGCGUUUUAGGUUAAAUUAUUGAACUUUUUUUUUUUCUUAUUUUAUUAUUAUUAUUAUUGUUAGUAUUAUUUAUUAUUUAUUAUUAUUUCUUUUUAUAGUGACAUUACUCUUUUAUUUAUCAUUAUUAUCUUAUUCUUUUAUUAUUGAUACACAUACACCAAUUGUUUUUUUUUCUCUCUGUCCUACUUUGUAUAAUCACAUAUAUAUUUUACCCUGGUCUAUAACUUUUAAUACAUUCCCCUAAUAAAGUCAUUAUUUAUCAUCUUCUUCAAAUAAAAAAAA